AGCUUCAGUCUUCACUGUUCCUGCAGGAUUCGCUGCAUUCUGUUAACCCAUCACCAAUGGAAAGGUUAAUUCAGUUUCUGCUUUUCUUAGGAUUCUGGACGUUCAUACAGAGCAACUCAAAUAAAUUUGUUCUCAUCCAGGAGAAUAAGACCUGGGCCGAUGCACUAGCUUACUGCAAAAAGUAUCACAUCGACUUGGCCACGGUUGCAAGCAAUGAAGAUCAGACAAGUGUACGAGAAGCGGUUAGCACUGCGCUGCCUCCAUUGGCCUGGAUUGGAAUGUACAGAAACAAUAACACUUGGGGGUGGACUUAUCAUUUAGAGGUAGUGACAAUAGGGUUCUGGAAGUCUGGAAAGCCAGACAACCCCAGUGGAAAAGAGAAUUGUGGUGUCAUCAAUGGCAGUAGUGGAUGGGAGGAUAUGGCAUGCGAUCAAUUGUUUCCAUUUUUUUGCUACAAUGAGAGCAUAGCAGACAAGUUUGUUUUAAUCCCUGAAAUCAAGUCAUGGAAUGAUGCUUGGGUUUACUGCCUACAGUAUCACACAGACCUGGCCAGGAUUUGGAAUCAAACUGAAAAUGAUCUGCUGGUGAAUAUGAUGGUAGGAUAUGAAAAAGCAUGGAUUGGUCUCUUUAAGGACAAGUGGAAGUGGUCAGAUGGAACAAGUUUCAACAAGUUCCCCAUAACCUGGAGAGCUGGACAACCUGACAUUACUGGCUCACACCCGCUUUGUGGCGCUACAGCUCUUGAUGGAGUCGAUGAUCGACUCUGCCCAGAGACCCUUCCAUUUAUCUGCUCACGUCAUUCAAAGAAUCAGAUCAUGAGAGUGGAGUUGAAAUCGAGUCAGAAUCUAAAUGACCCUGCGGUGAUGGAGAGAAUCUUACAGUUGGAUUUGCUGCAUUUUGUUAACCCAUCACCAAUGGAAAGGUUGAUUCAGAUUCUGCUUUUCUCAGGAUUUUGGACGUUCACACAAAGCAACUCAAAUGAAUAUAUUCUCAUCCAGGAGAAAAAGACCUGGGCCGCAGCACAAGUUUACUGCAGAAAAAAUCACAUCGACUUGGCCACGGUUGUAAGCAAUGAAGACCAGACAAGUGUUCGAGUAGCGGUUAGCGCUGCGAUGCCUCCAUUGGCCUGGAUUGGAUUGUUCAGAUACAAUAACAGUUGGUAUUGGACUUAUCAUCAAGAGAUAUUGACAUUCAGGUUGUGGAUGUCUGGAGAGCCAGACAACUCCAAUGGAAAAGAGGAUUGUGCUGUCAUCAGUGCCAGUGGAUGGGAGGAUAUCGCAUGCAAUCAAUUGUUUCCAUUUUUUUGCUACAGUGUGAACAGUGCAGACAAAUUUGUCUUUAUCUCUCAAAUCAAGUCAUGGAAUGAUGCUUGGGCUUACUGCCUAAAGUACCACACAGACAUGGCCAUCAUUCGGAAUCAAACUGAAAAUGACCUGCUGGUGAAUAUGAUGGUAGGAUAUGAAAAAGCAUGGAUUGGUCUCUUUAAGGACUUUUGGAAGUGGUCAGAUAAAACAAAUAUCUACACGUUCCCCAUAACCUGGAGAGCUGGACAACCUGACAUUACUGGCCUAUACCCACUUUGUGGCGCUACAGCCCUUGAUGGAGUCGAUGAUCGAUUCUGCCCAGAGACCCUUCCAUUUAUCUGCUUAAAACGUAAGUUUCACCAGUAA